AAUCUAUUCAGUGAUCAAUCGAUUAUUUAAAAAUGUCAUUUCAAAUAAUUUUGGUUUACGUUCUGUUGAGUUAUACAAGUGCACAAGAACUUAACAAGGAAUUUAAAGUGGAAACCUACUUCAAGGCGAAUUGGUUUGAAGCAAGUAUAUUUUGCCGUGACCAUGGCAUGCAAUUGGCAACUGUCAACACAGACGCUGAACAUUUAGCCGUUAUUCAGCAAUUCCCAAAGGUUAACGAGGAUUUGCAAGAAUAUGAAAACUAUUGGAUAUCCGGCACGGACUUGGCUGAAGACGGUAAUUAUAAAUGGUUUUCAACUGGAAAAAUGAUGCUAUUUACGAAAUGGGAUUACAUGCAACCCCCUGAACUUAUUCGAGAUCCAUAUCAGACGGAGCCUAUAGUUGAUAAUGCGGAAGACUGUGUUCAAAUCCUUGGGUACAGUAAAAGAUGGGCAUCUACAAACUGUAGCUCUUUGUAUUACUUUGUAUGCGAAACUUUUUAGAGUGGAACUGGACCAAGGCAAACGAUGUAUUAGUAAAUAAAAAUAAUU